AUUUAGAAUCCCAUGAACAUUACUUGCAAGUUCUAUAAAGCUUACGAUAACACCAAUUAUAAUUUAGCACAUAAAAAAAUGUUUAAGCCAAUAGAAUUAGAAUUACAAAAGAAGGGGAAAUUUAAGGUAGUGAAUAAUGGUUUUGAACAUUCAGAGGAAUCGGAUGAAUUUGAUAAAAGACAAUCUGUUGAUUUAAAAGCGGUUGAUAUUUUUCAAGGGAAAAAUGCUUUAUAAGAGAACUGUGGAUUAAUAAGUGUUCUAUUAAAUAACACAGAGAAAUAAAAUGAAAAUAGAAUAAAAAUUAUGAUAUGCAUAACUAUGUAUUCUGAAAAAUUAUCGGAAUUAGAAAAAUCUAUGAGUGGAAUAGCAAAGAACAUAGCCCCCUUCUUAGAUAUGUAUUUGAUAUUUGUAUAAUUAGUGGGAUAGCACCUCAUUAAAUAGCAGUGACUGUAAUUUUUGAUGGAAUCUCUAAUCUUCAUAAUGUACCUGGAUCCUAUCGAGACAAUAUUGUUCGUAUUUAUUGAGUUUUAUUUUAGCCUAUUUUUCAAGCGAAAAGGAUAAGAAGUAUGGGUUUCAAGAGGAGUAAACUUUAACCUAUUAAUACAAUAAAUAUUAGGAAUAAUUCAAACGAUUCUAAGAUUACAAGCCAGAAAAUAUUAAAUAUCUCCGAGCUCACCCAGAUGACUUACUGAGAAAAUAUAAGAAACAUAGAGAGACUUUGAAAAAGACAAUGAUAAGAUUAAAAGGAUUUGAGUAUAAUUUGGUUGCACAGGAUGAAUGGAUAGAAUAGAAUAUUGUUGAUGCGAUGGAAGACUAGUAUAAAAGGGCAAAAAUGUAUAUAGAGAAUAGAAAAAAUACUGCGUGGGUCUAUUAAGAUAACUUGGUAGAUUAAGGAUUGGAGGGUAUACUCCCUAUAUUUUAUACAUUCAAAUUUAGCAAUGGUUCAAAAUUAUCAUCUCACAUGUGGUUUUUCAAAGGAUUUUGCGAAAUAUUCAAUCCAGAUUACUGUGUAUUAAUGGAUGUUGGUGCUAAUCCUUAAAAGGAUGCAAUUUUCUAAUUAAUAAUGGCAAUGGAACAGAAUCCUAAAUUGGGAGGAGUGUGCGGAACAAUGAGAGUUUAGAUUGAAGAGGAUGAUAAAGAUGAUGUAGAAUUGGAUAUUGUGACUAAUAUUCUGGUAAACAAAGUAUUUUCAAUUCAAAAAUGUCAAUCUUGUGAAUAUGACAUUGCCCAUUUGCUUGAUAAAUAGGCAGAAUCAGCACUUGAUUUUAUUCAUGUCCUUCCUGGUGCAUUUUCCGCAUAUAGAUAUAAGGCAUUUUCUGAAAAAUAUUAAGAUGGUAUGGCAAAGAUGAGCAAUUAGAAUUAAGCAAUACCGCAAAAAAGAGAGGUAGAAAUAAAAGAAGAGUAGGAUGAUGAAGAAAAAAAAAAAAACGAACAAAACUAUAAAGUAGAAGAAGAAGAAGGAAAAACUAUAUUGGAUCAAUAUUUGAAGUAGGUGUUGGAUCAAAAUUAUGAACAUCAAACAUUAGAAGAAGCCAACAUGUUUUUAGCUGAAGACAGAGUUUUGUGUAAACUACUAUUUUGCAAUGGAUACUAUCUUAGAUACAUAGCGAGUUCUUUGGUUUAUGUUGAUCCAUGUAGUUCAUUGAAAUUAUUGAUUCUACAAAGAAGGAGGUGGAUUAAUGGAUCGUGGCAUGCGUUAUCUUACAUAUCUGAUAAUUAUGAUGAGGAGUUAAAUGCUAGUUAACAUUCUUGGUGGGAUAAAUAAAAAUUUAAAUUAUCUAUCACUUAGGCCAAGAUUUAGUAACUCAUGAUAUACUUUAUGGAGUCAUUUCAAAUUCUUUGGCUAUAUAUGAUAUUGUAUGCUAUAGUAGAUACUGGAGAUCCGGGAUUAAAUAAUUUUAUUAUUUCAACAGUCAUUGCCUUCUAUGUAUAUUUGGUGUUUAUGAUUAUAUAUUUGGCUAUUAAUUAUGAUCCUGCUUUAAUUAGAGAAUUGGGAUCCUCGGCUAAACAAAAAGCAGAGACAGAUUAUUACUUCUCAAGACUCUUUUUUGUGUCAACUUGUUUGGGAUUCAUCAGUCUAGGCACUGUAGUAUACACAAUUUAUUUGCUAAUCUCGGAAAUAUUCUUCAAUUAUGGAUUCAAUGAUAUAGUGGAGAAACCUCAAGUUCCACAGAGUUACUAUUUGGUUCUUGUGGUUGUAUCCAUAGGAUCCAUAAUCCUACCAAUACUAUCAUCAAUCUGUUUAUUGCCAUAAAAUAUAUUCAAUGCAGCCUUAACAAUGAUCCCAUACUUUUAUUAUCAACCGACUUAUAUGCAUUUAUUUGUCAUCUAUUCAUUUUGCAGAAUUGAUGACUUGUCAUGGGGCACGAAAGGACUGACUAAUACAGGGUCUAGUUCAGUCAAUUCAGACAAGGCCUAUUAAAAGUUUAAGUUCCUAUUAAAAUGGAUAGUACUUAAUACCAUAUUCACUGCAUGCUUAUUGAUUUUGUUCUAGAUUCAAAUAUACUUGCUUCCUUAGGGUUUAAUCCUAUUUAUCUCAGUCAUCUUGACAAUACUUACUAUUCUAAAAGGAUGUUUGGCCUUGUGGUAUAGGUUCAAAUAUUAUGGAAUUUCAAGGCAAAUAAAUCAAUAUAUUCAAUCAAAAUAAUCUAACUAGAUACUGAAAUAGGAUGAGUUGAAUGAGAAGAAAAAUGCCAUCAAAUAAGCAAUUAAAGAAGGAAAAGGAUUAGAGGGUGUUGACAAGCAAGGUAUAUCAAUAUAUAGCUAUGUAAGAGCAUCAGCCUUUGUUGCAUUUUUGGAGUAUUUUUAUUAAGAAUGA